AAAAACGCGUGACGUUGACGAGUACAUCCGGGUGAGAGUGUACGUCAUAUUAGCUGUUAGCAAUUUAACAAUAUGUGUUUCCUCUUAUUUCUAAGAAAGAUUCUUGUUUCCGUGUUUGCCCUCUUUAAUUAGCCUGUCGUCGGACAUGAUUUUUCUGCAGCUGAGGUCAGUGCUGCUGCACAGGUUAACCUCCCACACGCAGAGGAGUACCAGAAGAGCAUGUCUACUCACAGGUCAGAUACCUUAUGGUGUGAAGCCUCGUUCACUCAAUCACACACCCAUUCAGCAGAGCUUCCACAGAACCCUUUUACCUAAAGUCACCGCCCUGGUCAGGUACUCGGACUUGUCCACACAGAAGUACACAAUGAUAUACACCCUCCCACACAUUAAGCUCCUCAGAGCCGUGUCCAGGCUCAAACUGCUCCAAACUGCAAUCACCAUGGUCAUCUUGCCUCCAGUCUACUUCUUCUACCUCCAGGGAGACGUCUCCUUCUUACUUGUCAGCUACACAACGGGGGUAGCACUGUUCGCUGGUGCCAUGCUGUACAUUGCCAGUCACUUCUUCAGGAGGGUAGUGGGGAUGAUGUACCUGGACCCGUCUGAGACCACGCUCAAAGUGUCCCACCUCACCUUCUGGGGCAGGCGCCAGGAUAUCUACCUGCCUGUGUCAGAUGUUAUGACCAUUGGAGACACAGGGGACUCCGUAAAAGAGAGGAUACUGCAACUAAAGAGACACAGCAGUCCUCAGACGUUGUAUUUCUCCACUCAUUUUGGACGUGUGGUGGACCGACAGAGUUUUGAGAAGGUGUUUGGAUCUUUAAAAUGAUAGUGUGUUUAAAAUUAUGAUGUUGCACAUAUAACUUUUUAUAAUGAGAAGGUGUACGUUCUAAGUUAAAGUAUGAUUAUACAGUGGACUAUCUGUGAGAUAUGUUUGAUUAGAAUUUGUCCAACAUUAAAAGCAAGCUAAUUAAUUAUUUUGCUUGAAAAAUAGGGAUCAGAGUGUAACAACAUGCCAAAUGGCCAGUGAUAGCAGUAAUAUGUUAAGAUUGCUCUAAUUACUUCUGUCUGAUAAUCAAUGUGUUGAUGUGUAAAGCAGAUAAAAAAGGUAAAAUAAAAGCAAAGUCUUCUUGUACAAGUGAAA